UACGAGUAGCUACCGUGCGUUACAACAUGUACGAUUAUCCGUUAUCAAAGUUCGAUUGAUAUCUGUUUAAAGCCAACAACCGAAACAAAACGUGCAAUGGAAAUGACACGACGAGUGAAAUGAUUAUUUUCACUACGAUAUCAUUUGCAGAUUAGCACAAAAUAAAAAGUUUUGAAAGCGCUGCUGUUUGUAUUUCAACUAUUGUUGAGCGAGACCGUUGGUUGUUUGGUGUGUUUUUAGAUUGGUGAUCGCGUUAGUUCAUGGAAUACGCAUUGAUUGUUAACAGCUGAUCUAAAUAAGCAUACGAAAUGGGUUGUUCGUCGUCGAAACAAAUCUCUGAUGCUGAAACAGAGACCAAAGUUACCGGAAUGAUGAAUGCCGCAGAUGAAUAUGUGGAAAACUUUAUCUGCGGGGAAAAUGAUAUCAGCGAAAAUGAAAUGAAGCCAUUUGACCUGGAAGGAGGAAAAAUUUUACUCAUCAAACAAAAUGGAAAAUUAUCAGCUAUUGGGAACAAAUGUACACAUUAUGGUGCAUUGCUUUCGACUGGAGCAUUGGGUAACGGAAGAGUUCGUUGUCCUUGGCACGGUGCAUGUUUCAACAUCGAAACUGGAGAUAUUGAGGAUUUUCCUGGACAAGAUUCACUCCCCUGCUUCAAGGUUUCGGUUGAACAAGGUCGGGUAAAAAUACGUGCCAAACGACAAGAACUCCUUUCCAGUAAAAGAACUAAACCAAUGGUGCGGAAGCUUUCUGAUGAUGAACGCACUUUCAUAGUGAUAGGAGGAGGCCCAUCAGGAGCUAUUUGCGCGGAAACUUUGAGACAGGAAGGGUUCACCGGGCGAGUCGUUAUGAUUAACAAAGAACCUUGUCUGCCAUACGAUCGGGUAUUAGUUAGCAAAGUGAUGGAUUUCGAACUGGACAAAAAGUUAUUGCGAAACCAUCAGUUCUAUGCUGACAAUGAUGUCGAAACCAUAACUGGCACCGAGGUAACUUCGUUGGACAGCCAAAAUCAGGAGAUUAGUCUUAGUAACGGAUAUAAAAUCAAGUAUGACAAAGUGUAUAUAGCCACUGGGUCUAAAGCUAGGAAGCUUAAUAUCGAAGGAGCACAUCUGCCGAACGUUUUUGUCUUACGAUCCAACGAGGAUGCGAAAUCAUUGAACUCUCAGUUGAGUCCGGACAAACACGUUGUUGUACUCGGUGUCAGUUUCAUUGGUCUUGAAGCUGCAGCGUAUUGUGUGAACAAAGUUUCAAAGGUAACCGUGAUUGGACGAGGAAGUGUUCCUUUGACAGAAUCUUUUGGUGCGGAAAUCGGAUUGCGAAUUAUGCAAAUGUUUGAAGAACAAGGAAUCGAGUUCGUCAUGAAGUCUGGUAUUAGGAAAUGCAUUGGCGAAAACACAAAGCUAACAGCAGUUGAGCUCAAUGACGGCAGCAUUUUAAAAGCCGACAUAUGCGUCAUGGGUGUUGGUUCAACCUUGUAUACUACCUUCCUAGAAGGUUCAGAAUUGAAACUUAACAAAAACGGAUCCAUCGACACCAAUUUAUAUUUGGAGACAAACAUUCCCGGGAUUUAUGUAGGAGGAGAUAUUGCUAAUGCACCUAUUUAUUGUAACAACAACGAAUUAGCUACAAUUGGUCACUACCCACUGGCACAAUACCACGGACGGGUGGCAGCUCUGAAUAUGCUUGGAAAAACAACGGAACUCAGAGCGGUGCCCUAUUUUUGGACGAUGUUAUUCGGCAAAGGCUUCCGAUAUGCUGGCUACGGAACUCCGCAUGAAACCAUCAUCGAAGGUGAUCUGAAACAGUUAAAAUUCGUAGCAUUCUAUUUAAAUGAAGCGGGAAAGGUGAUCGGAAUGGCUUCAUGUGGUAGAGAUCCAGUUGUGUCGCAAUUCGCCGAAUAUAUGUCCCAAGGAAAAUCGUUGCACAAAAAUCAGCUAAGCCCUGAUCCUUUCACAUGGAUCAAAUAAAGGCAUGACACUACCUCAUUUCACAGAACCUCAUGGGAUGCAGCGAUUUAAUGUAUUAACAAUCCAUCAGUAUUAGGUAAUAUUUCAUCACAUUCAAACCGAUAAUCUAUGUACAGGAAAACUGAAACAAUAAACUUAUUAAUGCUGCACAAAU